AUGGGCAGCAACUUGGACAAGCAUGAAUCUUUAACCCCAGAAUCACUUGAAACUUUCCGCAAUUCUCCCAUUUACCACAUGGAAGAACUUCGGCCUGUCUCUGGACACCCCGACGACCACAGUGUCAUCGUGAGCCCAGCUGACUCCGUCUUUGACGGCUGCUGGCGGAUCGAGAAUAACAGUAUCGUUUGCCUCAAGCACAUCCCUUGGCCUAUCCGCCAAUUGUUGGCCGGCAGCCCCUACAAAUCCAAGUUCGGCGGUGGUGCUUUCACUCAUUCUUUCCUCGCCCCGUACGACUAUCAUCGUCUACAUGCUCCAGCCGCAGGAGAAGUGCUAGAAGCGAGAGUUAUUCCAGGUCUUUGCUACCUCGAGGUAGACGCGACAACUGAUGGCGACAGGAAUGCCUGCCAAGCGGGCCCUUCCUGCGGCAAGGGCCCGGGUGGCGUAAUCCACACCGGGAGCGACAUUUUGGCUCCUAACACUCCCGGUUACCAAUUCCUCCAAGCACGGGGACUAAUCGUGAUCAAGAAUCCCGACAUCGGUCUCGUUGCUGUGUUACCCAUCGGAAUGUGCCAAGUCUCCUCCGUCGUACUCACAGUUAAAGAAGGCGGACACACUGAGAAAGGAGAUGAAAUUUCUCACUUCCAAUGUGGUGGUUCCGAUUGCGUGAUGCUCUUCCAGAGGAAAGCAAACGUCCGAUUUACGACUUCCCUCGGUCAGCAUUACAACGUUGGUAUCCAAGUCGCCAGGGCUUUCCCCGACGGGAUACCGCAGGAAGGCUUCAAACCUGCUCCCAAGCGUCAUAAGCAUCUCAAAGGUCCCGAGUCUGCUCUUCAUAAUGCCCACUAAACUUGGACUCGGCAACAUUUGUAUUAACGUGCGUGUCCCUGGAGUUCCGUCCUAGCUAUGCAUGCGAACUGACUUUCGUAAUCUCAAAAGCUCCAACCAGAGUCCCUGGCUCAUAACGAUCUCUGUACGAUUGCAACAAAUCUCAAUGUGUGCAAGUCCACCACGAAAGCUAACUGAGGUUCGACUAAGAAAAGAGCAACGAGAUAGAAAAGGGGUAAAAUGUUUGUUUGCCCCUCACUCCAUCCGAUCUAUAACGACGUGCACCUCGAAGGAAAUUCUCAGAGGUGAGAGCAGAUUGUCUGACAACAACACACACGUGUGUCUGGUCCAGAUGUUACCUAUCAUGACCAAGGGACAGCUUGCGCACUCUAUUGGGUUUUAUAUUAUGCUGGAUCACGAGGCAACAACCCGGCUGGUCGACUC